GGGUGUGGGUGUGGGUGUGGGUGUGGGUGUGGGUGUGGGUGGGUGUGGGUGGGUGGGUGUGGGUGUGGGUGUGAGUGUGAGUGGGGGUGUGGGUGUGUAGGCGUGGGUGUGGGUGGAUGUUGCCUUAGUCUUCUUUCACACACAUUCACACACUAUCACCCAGCACCCUCGAAAUAUAUUGUUUUAUUUGCAGAUGAUCUAGUAAAAUUUUUAUUAUUGGAACAAUUGUUAGAAUAUGUAAUGCAGAAAAAAGAGAAGGGAGAUUAGUGUCAAGUCUUUUGUCUGACGAUGUAUGUGUGCACAUGUUUCACUUUUAGUGAAUCAUAGAUAUGUAAUUUUUUCUUUAUCUUUUCUCUUGAUUUCUGUAUGUUAUAUCUCAUGUUUUUUGUUUUUUUUCUAAGUUGUGUUAUUGCAAUAUACAUAUACAAUCUUUUUUAUUUUAUUUUAUCAUAGAUUGAAGAAUACUUGUUAAUAUAUAGUGCGGUAAAUGUAUUAUUUGACAUUUUUAAAACUAGUUUCAAUAUGAAAAAAGAAAAGAUCACGAAUUACUAAUGUUAAUACCGAUGUUAUCAUAAAAAGAAAAAAUUUACAAGGUAAAAAUCAUUUAACUCUUAAACAAAAUAUUUUUUUAUGGUAAAAAUAGUGGAUAGGAACAGAUUAAAUUUUGAAGAUCUUUCAAAUGAAAUUUUCUAUGAAAUUUUUGACCAUCUUGAUAUUGAUCAUAUUUAUAAAGCUUUUUCUCAGCUUAACCAACGGUUUCAAAAUUUUAUUAAUUCAAAUUUUCCUAUCAACGUCAAUAUUUCAACCAUGCUCCAAUUGAGUUUUCAAUGUUACUACAAAGAAAUUAUUACUCCUAACCUGCAUUGAAUUAACACACUUCGAUUUUCGAAUUCAUUAUUCUCGGAGUACUAUAUUUUAUCACCAUCUAAUAUUAUUUCAAAAUUUAUUCGACUACAAACAUUUGUUCUUGAUAAUUUAGAAUCUAAACAUCUGGAAAAUAUUCUUAAUAAUAUAUCUUCUUUAUCCAAUCUUUCGUCAUUGGUUAUAAUUCUUACUGAUAAUAUUAAAAAUCCAAACAAUUUUUAUCGUUACAUAUUUCGUCUACCUACAUUGAAAUAUUGUACACUAUCAUUUGGAAUGUUCAAUACAACUGAACUAUUACCUAUUGCUACUAAUGAAUAUGGUUCUAUUGAACAUCUCAUUAUUAAAGAUAGUCUUUCAAUUAAUUAUCUAUAUGAAUCUCGUAAAAAACGAAAAGAUAUUUGUCCAAUUGUAUUAAAAUAUUUGAAAGAUUUGAAACAUGUUUCUGUAAAACUAAAAGACAUAAAUUUUGAUGAUAUUGAAAUAUUGAUAAAAGAUCUAUUUCGUAAUGUUCAAUUGUUAUAUAUCUCAACAAGCAGAUAUAAAGAAUAUUUAGAUGCAAAUCGAUGGGAACGACUAAUUUUAUCUUCCAUGCCAUAUUUACGUAUCUUUGAUUUUCAACAUAUCUUUUCUGAAAAUUCUAAUGAAAAUACAGAAUUUCCAUAUAAAGUUCAAAUUAAACGAUUCACUUCGUCAUUUUGGUUUGAAAGACAAUGGUUCUUUACAUAUCAAUAUACAUGGAAUAGAGGCUGGAAUGAUAUUAUAUUUUAUUCAAUAAAUCAGAGCUCGGACAAGUACUUCCGGCAAAACUCAAGUAUUUCCACUAUAAUUCUUAUAUUGUUCGAAAUAAGUCCAUACCCAAUUGGCUUAUUUUAUUUGUCACAUUGA